UGGCGCGCGGUAUCCGGGGGCGGAGCCGGCGCGGCGGGCCAGACCGAGGGGCGCGGGCCGCCGGGCCGCGAUGGGCGAGGGCGGGCUCCCCCCGGCCUUCCAGCUGCUGCUGCGUGCUUGCGACCAGGGCGACACCGAGACGGCGCGGCGGCUGCUCGAGGCGGGGGCGGCGGAGCCGGCGGAACGCAGCGCGGAGCCCGAGGCGGGCGCGGAGCCGGCGAGGGCCGAGGCGGCCGGGCCCGGGGCGGCGGCGGCGGCGGCGGCCGGAGCUCCAGUGCCCGUGGACUGCUCGGACGAGGCGGGCAACACGGCGCUGCAGUUCGCCGCGGCCGGGGGCCACGAGCCGCUGGUGCGCUUCUUGCUGCGCCGCGGCGCCUCGGUCAACAGCCGCAACCACUACGGCUGGAGCGCGCUCAUGCAGGCAGCCAGAUUUGGGCACGUGAGUGUGGCACAUCUCCUUUUGGACCAUGGGGCUGAUGUCAACGCCCAGAACCGGCUAGGGGCCAGUGUGCUCACUGUGGCCUCUCGGGGUGGCCACCUGGGCGUGGUGAAGCUACUUCUGGAAGCUGGUGCCUUUGUGGACCAUCACAGCCCCUCCAGCGAGCAGCCGGGGGCAGGGGACAGCAGGGACGAGCUGUUGGACAUCACAGCCCUGAUGGCUGCCAUCCAGCAUGGGCACGAGGCCGUAGUGCGUCUACUGAUGGAGUGGGGUGCGGACCCCAAUCGCGUGGCCCGAACUGUGGGCUGGAGCCCGCUGAUGCUGUCAGCGCUCAUUGGGAGGCUUGGCGUGGCCCAGCAGCUGGUGGAGAAGGGGGCCAACCCUGACCACCUCAGUGUGCUAGAGAAGACGGCCUUCGAGGUUGCACUGGACCGCAAGCAUAGGGAUCUUGCAGACUACCUGGACCCACUGACCACGGUCAGGCCCAAGACAGAUGAGGAGAAAAGGCGGCCUGAUAUUUUCCAUGCAUUGAAAAUGGGAAACUUCCAGCUGGUCAAAGAGAUUGCAGACGAAGACCCCAACUAUGUGAAUCUGGUCAACGGGGAUGGGGCCACCCCGCUGAUGCUGGCAGCGGUCAUGGGACAGCUUCCUCUGGUGCAGCUGCUGGUGGAGAGGCAUGCUGACGUUGACAAGCAGGACAGCGUGCAUGGCUGGACGGCCCUCAUGCAGGCCACUUACCACGGGAAUAAGGAAAUUGUCAAAUAUCUGCUAAACCAAGGGGCUGAUGUCACUCUUCGUGCAAAAAACGGGUACACGGCCUUUGACCUAGUGAUGCUGCUGAGUGAUCCUGACACGGAACUUGUUCGACUGCUGGCAUCUGUCUGCAUGCAGGUGACUAAAGACAAAGGCCGGCCCAGCCACCCACCGCCUCUGCCGCACUCGAAGGCUCGACAGCCCUGGAGCGUCCCAGUGCUGCCCGAUGACAAAGGCGGGCUUAAGUCCUGGUGGAACCGAAUGUCCAAUCGGUUCCGGAAGCUCAAACUGACGCAGACCCUGCCCCGUGGGCUCUCCAGCAACCAGCCUUUGCCUUUCUGUGAUGAGCCAGAGUCAGCACUGGACUCCACGAUGCGGGCAUCCCCCCAGGAUAAGCUAAGGCGCCUGGGGCUUCAGGCUGUCGCCCCUACCAUGAAAGAGAAUGGUCCUGGGAGCACGAGAGGAGACAAAGAAGAUGUGUUAUUGACCACCAUGCUUCGCAAUGGAGCCCCCUUCCCCAGACUCCCGAGUGACAAGCUGAAGGCAGUCAUCCCCCCUUUCUUACCCCCUUCCAGUUUUGAGCUGUGGAGCUCCGAUCGGUCCCGGACAUGUCACAGUGGGAAGGCAGAGCCCGUGAAGACUGUGCUGCCCCAGAGAGCUGGCAGGGGUGCCCCCGUGGGCGUGGCUGGUGGGAGCACCGAUGCUACUCCUGUCAGGCCUGUUAAAUUUCCAUCUCUCUCCAGAAGCCCCACCUCUCCUGCCAAUUCUGGAAACUUCAACCACUCACCUCAUUCCUCAGGUGGCUCCAGCGGGGUAGGGGGCUCGAGCAGGCAUGGCGGGGAGCUGCAUAACCGCUCAGGUGGCAGCAUAGACAGUGUCCUGUCCCAAAUCGCUGCCCAGAGGAAAAAAGCAGCUGGUUUAUCGGAGCAAAAGCCCAGCCACCAGUCAAGUCCCGCUGGGCCAGCACCAGGGUCCAGCUCGUCUGAACUCCCAGUCUCCCCCGCAGGUGGUGGCGGUCCCAGCGGCAAGCAGAAGCUGGAGACGAGCAAAAGGCCUCCGUCUGGAACUUCCACUCCCUCCAAGAGCACCUCGCCUACGCUCACGCCCUCCCCUUCACCCAAAGGGCACACGGCCGAGUCCUCAGUGUCCUCCUCCUCUUCCCAUCGGCAGUCCAAGAGCAGUGGGGGCUCCAGCAGCGGCACCAUCACAGAUGAGGAUGAACUGACUGGAAUCCUUAAGAAAUUGUCACUUGAGAAAUAUCAGCCCAUUUUUGAGGAGCAAGAGGUGGACAUGGAAGCCUUCCUCACGCUCACCGACGGUGACUUGAAGGAGCUGGGUAUUAAGACAGAUGGAUCCAGGCAGCAGAUCUUGGCAGCAAUUUCUGAACUGAAUGCGGGCAAGGGACGCGAGAGACAAAUUUUACAGGAAACCAUUCACAACUUCCACUCUUCCUUUGAGAGCAGUGCCAGCAACACCAGGGCCCCAGGAAACAAUCCCUGUACAUGAUCCUCCCUCCUGUGGUGACCAGCGUGAGCUUUCUGAAUCCCAGUGCUACCCUCACGCAGCCCGUGUUCCGGCCAUCAACUCCUCCCCAUUCCCUGAAACACGCCCCGGUUGGUCACACCACCAUGCGUUUGUCACGUUCCCUCUGCCCCAGAUGCCUGUCUUCCCUUCUCUUCUCUGCUUUCGUAGUUGGUGAUGCUCUUGCUGUAACAAACUCCAACGCGGUAGACUUAUCCUCAUAUGAAGUCCGGUAUGGCUGCUUCUGCUUGGCAGGUGGCUUCCCACUGUAAUUUGGGGACCCAGUUCCUUUCACCUUGUGACCUUGUCAUCCCCAGGGGCUUCAGCAUCUUUGCUUCUUGCUGGCAGAAAGGGGAAAGGGGCGAUGGAGAAGGCACAGCCAUUCUGAACAACGUUCCUCUCCACUGUUCUUGCUCUAUCCUCUCCUGCUCAAGUUCCAUUGGCCACUGGUAGUCACAUGGCCCCACCUGGCUGCAUAGGAGGCUGGGAAAUGUAGUCUUUGCUCAGGUGGUGGCUGCCCAGCAGCAAGUCUACACUUAGCCAGGGCGGCGCCAUGUUUUAGAGGAAGCUUAGCUUUCCCUGACACAUCUUCCCAUAAAACUUCUAACUUUUUCUUUGUGAUCCAAGUCACCGAUCCAGUAAAGCCUUCCUUGACUCCCUUAUACAGAAGUAACUUUUUAGGACUCCGUUCUAACACCCGGCUGCACCGACUGCCUACAACACACAGCAGGUGUUCAGGAUGUGUGCGUUGAAUGCGUUUGUCUUUAUUGCGAUGGCAGGCUUUUCUGUAAGAAAAAGAGUAGGUCUGCUUUGUGAUCUCAGGUCCCUUCUCCCUUCUGGCCGUCAGUGUCCUCACCGCAAGAUCUAGGGUCAGGCAGGAGGAGGCUCCGCCGAUAGUCUGCUCUGCUCAUGCCAUGUCGCCAUAGGCUUUCCUGCACGUCAAGGGGGAGCAGAAGACCCUAAUAUAUUGCACAGUGGAGGGACUUUGGUGCUCAAAUUUUCUAGACAAGCCAAAUGUUUGGAAUUUCUUGUACACCCUGUUAAUGCUAUGUUCCUCAGAAGGGAAUCGGUCCCUACGGUUUUCUGCCCCUAUUACAUUUGCAGAGCUUUGACAGUAGCUUUUAGAAGUGUUUUCAAGUGAGUCAUUUGGCCAAUGCUUGUAGCAUUUGUUAACAUGCUGGGUGCCGGGGCUACAGAGACAAGCUAGAGCCAGUCCCCACCCUUGGGGACCUUUGUAGGCGGGAGAGGACAGGAAUGGUUGGUCCCAACCUCAAGAGGCAGAAUGGCAGAACUCAGGCUCAAAGUUCACCUCCAGCCCUGUGGCUGGCCAGCUGCAUGGCCUGGGACAGGUCACUUGGCCUCUUGCUCAGAGCUGAGAGCCGAUGUGCGGAAAGCUUUUAGUCUGUACAGAGCACCCAGUAGGCCGUCGCCUUCACAGAGUUCUUAUCUUUGCCAUAAGCUCCACCAGGCUACUUGCUGAUCUCCUUGGGAGGUGUGGCCACCCAUGUCCCUCCCCAGCCACGAAGGCCUGCUCCCCCUCCAUUGGCUUUGCAGGGCAGCUCUGACCACCUCAUGUUUCCCCCACCCCUGCCCGUUGAGACAGCUUCUCCUCCCUCCUCCCAUCCUCCCACUGGCAGCAGCCUACUUUCAACAUUCCCGGGAGGAGGCUGCACUUUAGCCGUCACUGACAGGCUUAUUUGUAAAUAGUCCUCAAAGCCAGGCCAUUAAGGAGACAUGGUCAAUGCACACGUACUGUGUGCAGCAGCUUGAGGUCAGUGUCGUCCAUCCUCUCUGUCACCCUGGAGAGCCCUGCACAUCUGGGAAACCCACAGAGUGAAGCUACGUGCCAGUUACACAGCCCAGGGUGGGCAUAGCUGGCCCAGACCUGGCUCUGGUGGGCUUCCAGGCCCAGGCCUUUCCACUGAUCCACGUAGACUUCCGGAGCUGGAGGCACCGGGUAUCCUCAAUGUUGUAAUGUACUGAUGUCUCCAGGGCUUAGUUCUCAAUAGGCCAAAGGUUGUUUGCCCCUGAAAUACACUGGUCUCUGAGUUACGUGCCCCGAGGUUCUUUGUCUGCUUCCUGCUGCUGUGCUAGUUUUUCCGUAAGCCCCCUAUCCGUUCAGCAUGCUGCCAGGUAUAUUUGACUGAACGUCCGCACACACACAAACUGUGCUUUAUGGGGGCAGCUUUCCUCAUCUGAUGGCCCAGACAGAGCGGGGCUGAUUCUCAUCUUGCAGGUGGGAAAACAGGCUUGGGAGAGGUGCUUCUCUUGGCUUUUCCAUUGGAGUCAAGUGGCUCUAAGGCUUUUCUCCCAGGCAGUUUGUGUGCUGUCUGAUGAGAGAUAUCUAGCACACUUUCUGGGGCAUGAUCUUCCCCUUCCUGGUGACACUCCCCACCCCACACAUGUAUCCCGCACCCCCCCACACUCCCACCAGUCUGUAAGAGGCCAUUCUCCUCCAUAGGAAGUGUUUCCCUUGCUCAGUGACCUGAACCAGCAUUCCCCAAAGUGGGUUCCUUGGAACACUACUUCCAUGGGAUAUUAAUGGGUUUUUCAUAAAGAAAAAUCAAGGGAGUGUGUAUGUGAAAGUGGGGUAGGGCACUAUGUGAUCAGAUAGGUUUGGCGGGCACUGGGUUAAAGCCCAGUUAUAUGACUGUCUUGCUGCAGGACAUCUCAGUACCUUCAGCUUGCCUGCGUUUGUAGGGCCUCUUGGAGGCAGCUGUGUAACAUGUAGCAUUUCCCAUAUGUUUGCUCACAGAUCACCUCUUCAUGGUGCUCUUGCAAGACAGGUUCCUGGGACGCUGUCCAGGAAGCCUUCUUUGACUGGGACAGUGGCAGCCACGAGGACUUAGCUGCUGGGAGUUGGGUGAGGGUGCACUCAAGGGCUUUAGCUGGGUCAGGGAUCCUCAGUCCUUCUCUGUGCCCAGCAUUUCCUGGCAGAGGGGCCCUGCUUUGGCAGUAGGACAUCAGGGUUGGGGAGUCCCCUGAACUUUUGGGUGAUUGGGACCUGGCUCAGAGGACUCUCCAUCUUUUGCAGGGGAGAGGGCCCUGUUCCCCAGCCUUAGUGCCAUAGCCCCACUGGUGUGUGCUGUGUGUUCGUGCCACACCCCCCGCCAGCCAGGGGAUACUCCUGCCACCUUCCUUCGGUGCCAGACCAUUAGAUAGAAGCCAGCUAGUUUUGCAAGGAGAAUGCUUACAUUCACCAAACAUGCACUGAGCAUCCAGCCUGUGCCUGCCCUUACUUGUGUUUUGGAUCCAGAGUUGAAAUAUGCACAUUUCUGCCCUUAAAGAGCCCAGAGUGUCUUAGAAGAGACAAGCAUGUAAUAAAUGUGUUACAGUGCUGUGUGAGGAGUCUUAUAAUGACUUAUGAUGAAGGCAUGUGCUAGGUUCGUGGCUCUGAGCACAUUGUCUGUGAUGGCUGAGGUUUGGCCCAGUAGGAGAGGGCUAGCAGAUGAGGAAUCUAGCGGGCCCCCAGACAGGGACAGCCUGUGUGAAGUUGGUCUGUAUAUAACGUUUGUGCACUACAUGUUGCUUGGGUUGUUAGAUACCUGUUUUUCUGAUUUGGGUUGGGUUUUAUUGUUGUUGUUUUUUGAUUUGGGUUUUUUAAAAUGCAUAGAAACAGUUUGUCCCCCUGGAGAGAGCACUGAAUCUAGAGUCAAUCCUAACACUGGGUUUUUGCUCAGCCACUUACUGGGUAACAGCUGGCUUUUUUGUUGUUGUUGUUUUUAGAAGAGGGUAGUGCUCUCCAAGGUGCUGAAGAUCAGAUGUAAGCAAGAAAGCCCUUUUCACACCAUGUUGAGCCAUGCAGAUUUGAGAACUCCCCACUAUGGCUGCACAUCUGAAUUUAAUCUCAGCCUCCCUCUCUAUCUCCCCAUCCUCCUCUUCCCUACCUCCCACUUGCCCAGAUGUAGCCAUAGCUAGGGAGGGGAGCAGCGGGUAAGGCCAGAAGAAGGGACCUCCCGCCAGAGGGAGCAGCAGCUUAGCUGGGCUCUGCUGGCCUCAGAGUCCAGGGAAGCAAGAAUUGUCAGAGGAUCCCCACACUCCAGCAGUUCUGACUCUGGGGGUUUGUGUCUUUGGGAUUCCCAGCAAGGUGAACAGAAAGAAGCAGGAAGGCUUUCCAGCCAAAUUGCAGGAGCUGAUCCAGCAAAGAGGAAGCAGGAAACCCUUCCAUUUUCUCUUACCUUGGAGCUGCCCAAGGACACAGCCAUGCAGGCGAGGAUCAGACUAGGCUGCUGUGGGCACCUACGCUGACCCAUGCCACCAAGAAUGCCUCCCAAAGCUCGAGACUCUUCUUGGGAAGAUUUUGCAGCCCAGCCUGAAGGUGUUGUGAAGCAUCAUCUGUGCCCAUCUGUCCUUGUCCAUUUCAAGCAAGAUUAUCGUGUCUUUUUAACUAACAGAUCCUGUUCAACAUGCAAGGACACCCGAUGUUUUUUCCUGAUAAAGUCAAUACCAAAUUCUGUAGGACAGGCCAGAGAAUGAGUCUCCUCCCCAGGAGGUGGGAGGUGAAUCACCUCCUCUGGGCAGGUUCUCCUUAAAUAUUUCUGGAAGGUCUGCCAGACUCGCCACUGGCCUCUGGAGGUGUCUGCUCCUCUGGAACAUGCCGCCUAAGAGGGGAUUAGACUCUGCCUGAAAUUUCAGCCCCUCAUCUAAGAAGCCAGUCUGUAUGGACAGUGAUUCACCAAAGCUUGGGAUGACAGAAGGGAAAUCAACACAGAAUCACCGGUACUGGGAUAGAGCAGAAAGCCCAGUUCAUCUGUCUCCAGUUCUUUCUAAAGCAGAAACACCCAGGGAUCCCUCCUCAGGGCCCUGCCCAGUGGGGUGAGCCAAGCCCACCAGGUUCCCAGUUCCUGUCGGAGCCAGGUCCCUAGGGCUACUGGACAAAGGGCAUGACUGUCUUCUUCAGGGAGAUGUGUCUCUACCCUCCAGGUAACUGGGCUAAAGUUUAGCCUUGAGUCCUCCAUAAAGCUGCUGUAUCCUUUGAUAUGAGACCAAGUUGCCAUUUUGUUUCAGCUCUCCCGAGUGGGUUCCCAUGUUCCUCAGCAUCAUACAUCACUUUUUAUUAUUAUUUUCCUCAUGAAGGGACUUGAUUUCUCUAAAGGACUUUUGUUUGCCAAAUGUGUAUUAAAUAACCGUGGAUUUGUCUUCCCAUGUUGAUUUUGCUCAUCAAAGGCAUAAAUGCUGCUCGGUUUCCUUCCCGUGACAACCUUUCCAGUGCAGGCACUCGCAGUGAGCCAGUGAAGCUGUGGGCUGCCCUGUCUCUCCCACACCUGCCCCACUGGGCAGCUCUCUCAGCCCCUUCCUGCCAGGUCAGUGACCAUGGCCCACAGAUUUUGUUUUGCCAUGAUGCAUCACGUCCUCUUUGAUCCCCAUCAUCUAUUUCAUCCAGCCCCCCCCCCACUGCCCCUCUGGAAACCACUAGUUCUCUACAGUUAAGAGUCUGUUUCUUGGCUUCUCUCUCUCUCUCUCUCCCUUUUUACACUUUGUUCUGUGGCAUAAGGACAUUAAUCUCACCAAGGUCCCCCGGGUACAGGGAACAGCGGGUCUGAAUGCAGGGCUCACCUCUCAUUCUUAGGAGGGGCCACGUUUUCUCCAGGCUGUCUUGCUGCCUUUCAACACACAGAGAAACAUUAAAUUGGUAUGAGCCCCACCAGUAACAAAAAUAAAACCUGUUAGUCUGUA